AUGCCCGAUCUCAACUCUGUUCCGCCGUCUCCCCAUGCUCUUGCAAGCCAGUCGCGUCAGACAUCACAGCAACAAAUGCCGCCGCCGCCAGCGCCGACUUCCCCCUCGCUCAACAUCCUCCCUUCGAACCAAGUCGCCGUGAAUGCAUCAACCUCAUCCAGUCUCCCGUCUCCUGGUUUCCAGCCCGCAACCUCUCUCCCGGGUCAAGCAAUGGGCGACAACACCGGUGUAGGCCCUGGGCCAGGACCUCUGCGGCACCCGCGGCCCAUAACCGCCGCUGACCUCCAUCUGCAGCUCGAGAAGGAACAAGAGGCAGUGGUCAACCGCCUUACCCGCGAAUUGUCAGUCCUCCGUGCUGCCCAAAACGCGUCGGUCGUGUCGAACGCGUCGUCCACCUCAGCUAGCGCCUCGGGUACCGAGCCCGCCCCAUGGAGCGAUGGCGUCUCCCAACAUCCCAGCCUCGGCUCGAGUCACUACCAGCCCGUCCGCCAUCAGCGCACUUCAUCCAGUGCCAGCUCUCGCAGUCUCGUUGCAAAUGCCGGCUCCGUCUCAGCGGCCUCUGUCAUCGGCAUCUCUUCGCCUGCCCCUGUCCGCCCGACUGCCCAACCCCCGAUCCCCAUUAUGGGCACUGGUGGCGUGCCCCUCAGUCGCCAAAACAGUAGCGCCUCCCGUCGCAGCCGCACCGGCUCCCCGUCUCCGGCCCCUCACUCGCUCUCUGGAAGCUACACGCACCAUCACCACCAUCAUCCUGCCGGCGAACCGGGCUCGCUACCGGGGUACUUCGCAUCACGCAAUCCCACGUCUGUUCCCAUCCCGAUUCGAUCGCAGUCCGGUGCAUCUGUGGCGACGACCACGAGCGAACUGUCCCCGGGGAUCAUGCAAGCUACUUCACGAUUCGAAGAAACCGCCCUUCGCCGUGCCGAGCUGGAAGAGUACAAACGGGAGAACGAGGCGCUGCGCCGACGAGUCCAGGAACUGGAGAAAUUGGUACGAGAUGCCGCAGCGAAGAAGGAUGAGGGAGGUAAUGCGCCUCAACAGCAACAGCAAUCGCAACAACAGCAGCCACAACGACAACCAGAGACUGAACAAUCACCGCCGCUGCCACAGCCGACGCAGCAGCAGGCUCAACACCCGCUGGUAACUCGUCCGAGGGCGGCAAGCGGAGCUAGUGUAUCGGUGAGAAGUGUGGUGGGUGUUGGCGUUCCAGAAGAGGAAGUCGUUGUGGGUGAGAGUGCCGCGAGUGCGGCUGCGGGGAGGGGAGAGGGGGCAAGCGGGGAGAACUGA